UUUUUUUUUCAUCAUAAAAAAAAAAAAGUUAGUGCAGAAACACAAAGUGGUGACACAUUUUCUAAUUUUCUCUGAAAAUUUUCUUGAUCGUACCACUAAUCCCAAUCUUCAAGGACAUUCGCAACCCCAAAACCCCGUAAAUUUUGUUGGUUUUUUUUAUUUUUCACCAUUGAUUUUAUUUUUCCAUAAAAAAUUGCUAAUCUUUUUUUUUUUUUUUGUGUACAUUUUUUCUUUGUGACAGAUUUAUUUAUUUUUUUUGUAUAAAGUUGGUUAUGGGAAAGAGAAAGAGAAGAGCUGACCUCAACAAGACUCCUCCUCCUGCAGACCUGAUGCCACCCUCACCCGGAAUGGAUGCAUUGUCGAAACAGAAGUUCUCUCAUCAAGUCGACAGCAGUGGAAUAAAGUCUUUUUUAACCAUUGCGGGGGAUAUCAUGGAUGGUCCUGUGAAGGUAACACAAGGCCAACAAUCAUCUAUUGUUCACCGUCGAAAUAUUGACCUUCUAAAGUCUCUGAGGCAUCCGCGUCACUAUGGCCGUCAUUAUUCUCGACGAAGGUCUGCUAGUAAUGCUGAGGCAUCAGCUUCCCAUGGUGGUUAUACGCCUUCUUGUGAUGAGAAGUGGUCUUUAAAGAUGGCAAGCAAAUGCUCUACAGAUUCUGGACAUGACACAGAUAAUAGGCAAAAAACAGUUCACAGAACAGAAGGUGUUCCGUCCAGUUCAUUGGCAACGAGGGUGAUAUCAUCCGAUGCAGGGAAACUCUUUUGUGUAUUAUGCAACAAGUUUUUGAAGAAGGAACCCUACAUUGUCCUUGAAAACAGUUUGCCUAUAGGCGAGACGUCUAUAGUGGCAGUCUUAGCUUGUGGUCAUCUUUACCAUGCUGAUUGUUUGGAACAGAGAACGAACCGUGAAGAUAGACAGGAUCCGCCCUGUCCAAUUUGUCUCGGCUUGGUUUCUCACGUCGAUGCAUCAGUAGAACUGGAUUGAGUAGUAGGUCAGCUUCUUUACCUGGAUACUGAUCAUCUUUUUGGAGAUUAGAAUCAUCUAGGGAGAUACAAUCUUGUACAUGAUUUUGAAUGUUUUAUUUUUGUAUCUUCAAAUAUUGUAUAGUAA